AAGAUAGACAUUGGCUGGAGGGGCACGUCACAGACACAUGCCAUUAAACAGGAGAUUCAAAUAUGUUGACAUCGUUUGCUGCACUCCCAGCAGCCAUGCCGGGCAAAGUUGUAACGCACUGGGUUUUACAGAUAUUUUGACUCGCUUUUCCUGUUUGCUCUUGGUAUCAGCCAACAAAAAAAAAAAGAAAACAGACUUCACUCGCUCUCUAGUUCCACAACAAAAGGAUUAAGAAUAUUCUUUUUUUUCUUGGGUUUCGACAGCUCGGUGACACUAUUUCAUCUCACGAUAUUAGAACUGCAGUGGUAGUAUAACAAAGUGCAGGUCGAGACUCGAACCGUUGUCUACCCACAAAGAUGGUUGCCGCUUCGAAGCCCGUCAUCCCUCAGAACGACAAUGUCGCUCACGCACUUGCCGGUGCAGGAGGGGGUCUCCUAUCCAUGAUCCUCACGUAUCCUCUGAUAACCAUCUCCACCCGCGCGCAGGUAGAGGCCAAGCAGGCCGACUCCAAAAAGAAAGCCGGCGCGUUCCUCGAUGCCAUCCGCACCAUCGUCGCCCGCGAGGGGGCUUCUGGCCUGUACGCCGGCCUCUCGUCAGCCCUCUUCGGCAUCACCGUCACCAACUUUGUCUACUACUACUGGUACGAGUGGACGCGCGCCUUUUUCGAAAAGGCCGCCGUGCGCGCCGGCCGCGCCUCGAGCAAGCUGACCACGGUCGAGUCCAUGCUGGCCGGCGCCCUCGCCGGGUCCGCCACCGUCCUCAUCACGAACCCCAUCUGGGUCGUCAACACACGCAUGACCACGCGGAAACAGCAGGUCGCGCGGGCUUCCGACGAUGAAAAGGCCGCAGAAGAGGGCCUGGCCGACGGGGCAGACAAGGCGGAGACGAGCGUCGUCAAGGGGCCCAAGGUCGAGCCCGCGCCGGGGACCAUGGCCACGCUGCUGGCGCUGUUGAGGCACGAGGGUCCCCAGGCGCUGUUCCGUGGCGUCAUGCCGGCGCUGGUUCUCGUUAUCAACCCCAUCCUUCAGUACACGCUGUUCGAGCAGCUCAAGAAUACGGUCGAGAAGAGGCGCCGUGUCACACCUACUGUCGCCUUCUUCCUAGGUGCUCUAGGCAAGCUGUUUGCGACCUCGAUCACGUACCCAUACAUUACUGUCAAGAGCCAAAUGCACGUCGCCGACAAUGGAAGGAAAGAAGGCAUGACGGAGGCUAUGAGGAGAGUGAUUAAAGAGGAGGGAUAUUCUGGUCUGUACAAGGGAAUUGGUCCCAAGGUCAGCCAGAGCGUGUUGACUGCAGCCUUCCUUUUCGCUUUCAAAGACGUUCUUUAUGAACAGACUGUUAAGCUCCGCGGUACAGUAGCGAGGAAGUAGCUUUGAUUGUCAAGUUUAGAAAUAAAGCGUGCUAUGUCAAUAUACUGCCUUCUAUCAUCAUGCCAUUCAGCCG